AGCUAUUCCUUUUCUUGGUUCUAUCGUAUUCUUGCUCUGUGCUCUUCUCUUUGAAGCUCUUUGUGUUCGCUCUGUUACUGCUGUUCUUGGCUUAGAUUGGCACCGGGAAACGCCUCCACUUCCUGAUACAGGCCAAUGGUUCUUACUUGCACUAAACGAGAGCCUUCCCGGGACCAUUGUGGAAAUCUUGAGAGCUCAUAUUAUUGGAUUGCAUCAUUUUCUUAUGCUAUUUAUAAUGUUGGGUUUCUCGGUAGCAUUCGACUCAGUGAAAGCUCCAGGUUUAGGAUUAGGCGCGAGAUACAUAUUCACGAUGGGAGUGGGCCGUCUUUUAAGAGCUAUAACCUUUGUAUCUACUAUAUUACCUUCAGCUAGACCUUGGUGUGCUUCAGCUCGGUUCAACAGUGUACCUUCUCAUCCUCAUCGUUGGGCUCAGAAAUAUUAUGUCCCCUAUGCUAAUGACCCUGCUGCUAUUAGAAAGCUCCUUCAUUGGGAUGCAGCUUAUGCUGAUCCAGGAAGUUACAUUGGUGACUACAGAGCUGAUUGGGGUUCAAUGAGCUUCCUUAGUGAGUUCUUGAGACCGAGUUACUCUGAAGGGUCUUCUUGGUUUGCUCUGCUAAAGAAAGCUGGAGGUGGUUGUAAUGAUCUUAUGUAUAGUGGUCAUAUGCUUGUAGCUGUCCUAACCGCUAUGGCUUGGACGGAGGCUUAUGGAGGUUUCUCUUCUGCAAUGAUAUGGUUGUUCGUGGCACAUAGCGCACAGAGAGAAAUACGAGAGCGCCACCAUUACACGGUAGACUGCAUCGUGGCGAUUUACGUUGGUAUCCUUCUCUGGAAAAUGACGGGUUUUAUCUGGUCAGAAAAAAAGAAAACGAAACAGACACAACUAGAGAAGAUUCAGAACAGUCUGAUUCACGCUGCAAAGGAUGGGGACAUGGAGACUGUAAGGAGACUUGUGGAGGAGAUGGAGGUAAGCUCAAGAGUGGAGAAGCAGAGUAAAGUCAUUUCAAACCGGACAAUGACUGUGUUUGCGUGUGCGACAGUGAUCACAACACUCAGUAUAGUGAUUCUGGCAUUGACUUUGACAAGUGACGGCUAAAAGAGACCUUUGAGGAUUUAGGCAUAAGCUUAAAUAGUUGUCUUUCCACGUUUUUCUACAAUCUUGUUUUCUCGGUUUAUUGUUUGUAAGUGUCACUAAAAAUUUUGUUGUUAC